UGGUAUAAAGUGUCCAAAGUUGUCUCGGCCCGAAGGUGCUAUCUUCAAUUUGCCACUGUCGACGAUUCAUGGAGUGGGACUAGAUGUUAAACUCUAUAACUACCAUAGAUAUGGUAUGUCAUUCAUUUAAUUAUCCGCAGCCACUAAUGUAUAUUCAUGGUUCCAUAGAAAACUUCCAACAGUUGUGUCAUAGUCGACGGGGUUGGAAACCCGAAAUACUUUUCCUAGCGCCAACUGGUUGGAAUACAUAUGCGGGAACGCUAGCUAUAAAGCUCAACUACUACUCCAGUAUUCCAGUCGAAAAAUCAUCAGCAUCAGGAUUAUUCUUCGUUCAUUACAAUUUACCUCGCAUUUGAGCACACAGUGAAAAAAUCAACUGAUAUUCGGUUUGCAUUGUAAAGAUGUCAUCUAUACAACCCGAUCAAACAAUCACCUAUAAAAAGAUAGGGUCUCUUCAGAUCCCAAUGGAUAUCUAUUUGCCAAAAAGUGCCAAAAAUGCACCAGUUCUGCUUUGGUUUCAUGGAGGUGGACUGCUACAGGGACGUCGCGAUCUGCUUGCUCCUCAUAUGCGUAAUGGCGUACAGACCUACGGCUACGUAUGUAUCUCAGCAGACUAUCGUUUGGCUCCGCAAGCCACUGUCGAUGAGAUUUUUGAAGAUGUCAAAGAUUGUAUCAGUUUCAUAAGGGAUGAGCUUCCGACCCGUCUUGGAGAGGGUGUCAUGGACCCAACUCGCCUGGCGGUGUCUGGAAGCUCUGCAGGCGGCUUUCUAACGCUUCUUGCCGGACUUUACAUCGAGCCAAAGCCUCAAGUAAUCAUACCUAUCUACCCAAUUACCGAUCCUUUGGGUGUUUUUUUCACAAACUCACAGCCAGCGCCAAACGGACGAUACUCGGCAUCACAAGAAGAAAUGGCUGAUUAUCUCGAUAUCAAGGCGCCACCGAUGGCUAACUGCGGCAAAGUUCCAGGGGAUCCUCGAAGUCAUAUGUACGUCUACAUGCUGAGAUGCGCCAAUCUAGCCAAGCUUUGGGGUGUUCCGGAUGAUAAGAGUGCAGCCCCAUAUAGAAUAUCUCGUAGGAUUUACGAAUAUGGAUUGCCUCCGACAUAUAUUUUGCACGGAGAUGUAGACACGGCCGUGAGUGUCGAGCAGUCGGAUGAGGUGGCGGGCGCGAUGGUGGGAUUAGGCUUAACCGUCGAAUACGAACGCCCUCAUGGCGAAGACCACUUCCUGGACAAUGGAGAAGACUAUCAAAACAAUGCGCUCUACUCGUUCAUGAUGCGGCAUUUAUAGACCUUACAUAUGUACUCAGAUAGACGACUGAUAGUUUAUCUCCGAUAAUAGGACUCAUAUUAGCAUCCAGAGAAAGACAACAUUGAAGAAAUCCAUUAGCACUCACACCGAAUAGCAAAACCUCCGACUCGGGCUAAUUAGCAAAAAAAAUCAAAAUCGAACGGAUCAGAGUAACCAUGUCGAAUCGUCG